AUGGCUGAAGCCAUAAGACAACAACAUCAGUGGCAACAACAACAACAACAACUACCACCCCCAUCUCCAAUGCCUGUACCACCUCCAUCUCUAGGGUUUCAAAUAGGGGACUAUACUGUUACUUUGACUAGAGAAUUCAAAAAGAUGAAACCACCGUUGUUUCAUGGCGGAAUUGAGCCACUAAAGGCCAAAGCUUGGGUCUUAGGGAUUGAGAAGUUGUUGGAAGUGUUCCCAUGUACCAAAGCUCAGAAAGUACAACUAGCUUCAUUUACAUUAGAAGAUGAUGCCAGGCGUUGGUGGAUGUUGGACAUAAAAGUGUCUGAAUUUAUGGAACUCAAGCAGGGAAACAAAUCAGUUGUCGAGUAUGAGGCUCAGUUUAUAGAGUUAGUCCGUUUCGCACCCCACAUGGUAGAUACGGACUACAAGAAAGCUAGACAAUUUGAGGGAGGUUUGUGUGACCUAAUCCUAGACAGAGUCAAUGUACUUAAAUUACCAACAUAUGUGGAUGUGCUUGAUAGGGCACUAAUAGCAGAGGGAAAUGUGGCCAACCGUAAACAAAAUUUCGAAUGGAAGGGCAGUAGACAGAAUUUUAAUAAGGGGACACCAUCAACAAAUAACAAGUUGAAGUCUGGGAAUUCCAAUAAUUCAGGGUCAACCCAAAGUGGCAACUUAGUACCUACUUGCACCAUUUGUGGAAAGAAGCACUGGGGUGUUUGCUAUCGCACUACGAGGGCUUGCUACUAG